GGCUGGUGGAAGCAAGCUGACUAAUCAGCUCUCGGCUCCGUGCGCUUCAGCCAUUUUGUAAGAAAAUCAAGCCAGUGUGCCGCCCUACCUUCGCUUCAGACCUGCAGUUUUUUUCUUGUGCAAUGGACGGCCGCCUAGACGCUGACUUGUACCCUCUGGGAUCCGGCUACGUCCCUGAAAUUGAUAGUGUCCAUGACAUAUCAGUCGGCACUAAGAGGGGAUCUGACGAACUCUUUUCUUCUUGCAUGUCCAACGGGCCCUAUAUCAUGAACUCAGCCAAUGGCAACGACAGCAAAAAAUUCAAAGGUGACGUUCGUAGUCCUGGUGUUCCGUCACGUGUGGUUCAUGUACGCAAGCUACCCAAUGACAUAAACGAGGCUGAGGUCAUUGGCCUGGGACUGCCCUUUGGGAAGGUCACAAAUCUGCUGAUGCUUAAAGGGAAAAACCAGGCAUUCCUGGAACUAAACAGUGAGGAGUGUGCACAGACGAUGGUGAGCUACUACUCCUCUGUCACUCCAGUCAUAAGAAACCAUCCCAUUUACAUGCAGUACUCGACCCACAAGGAGCUCAAAACGGACAACUCUCCCAACCAAGUGCGUGCCCAGGCGGCUCUCCAGGCAGUCAAUGCAUUGCAUGGUGGAGGAAUGGGAAGCAUGGCAAUUUCUGGAGAUGCAGCUAGCUUGGGAGCAGCUGCAGCAGCAGCCGCCCAAAGCCCUGUGCUGAGAGUCAUUGUUGAAAACCUCUUUUACCCAGUCACCCUGGAUGUAUUGCACCAGAUUUUCUCUAAGUUUGGCACUGUGCUAAAGAUCAUCACUUUCACAAAGAACAACCAGUUCCAAGCUCUGAUCCAGUAUGCUGAUGGCAUGACAGCUCAGCACGCUAAACUGUCUCUAGAUGGUCAGAACAUCUACAAUGCCUGUUGUACCCUGAGAAUCAGCUUUUCCAAGCUCACUAGCCUAAAUGUGAAGUACAAUAAUGACAAGAGCAGGGAUUACACACGACCAGACCUCCCCACUGUGGAUUCUCAGCCCUCCCUUGACCACCAGGCCAUGGCAGCUGCUGCAUUUGUUGUACUUGAUGUUCUAGCUGCUCCAGGAAUAAUCUCAGCUUCUCCAUAUGGUGGAGCCCAUGCCUUCCCACCAACCUUUGCCAUCCAGCAAGCAGCGGGUCUGUCCAUGCCUGGUAUACCCAGUGCCCUGGCAUCUUUAGGUGUGAGCCAUAGUGGCAUGGCAGCAGCGGCAGCAGCCGCUGCUAGCCGUCUCGGCCUUCCAGGGCUCACGGCUUCUGCAGGACACAAUGUCUUGCUGGUCAGCAAUCUGAACCCUGAGAGCGUUACGCCACACUGCCUCUUUAUUCUUUUCGGUGUGUAUGGCGAUGUGAUGAGAGUGAAGAUCCUCUUCAAUAAAAAGGAGAAUGCCCUGAUUCAGAUGUCUGAUGGCACACAGGCUCAGCUAGCUAUGAGCCACCUGAACGGCCAGCGGCUUCAUGGAAGGGCCAUGCGUGUGACUUUAUCAAAGCACACCACCGUACAGCUGCCCAGGGAAGGCCAUGAGGACCAGGGACUCACGAAGGACUACAGCAAUUCACCACUUCAUCGUUUCAAGAAACCCGGCUCCAAGAAUUACUGCAAUAUUUACCCACCCUCUCCAACACUCCACCUCUCCAACAUACCGCCUUCUGUUGUGGAAGAUGACCUCCAGAGGCUUUUUGCCAGCUCAGGAGCUACAGUCAAGGCCUUCAAGUUCUUUCAGAAAGACCGCAAGAUGGCCCUUAUCCAGAUGGCCUCAGUUGAGGAGGCAAUAGAGUCCCUCAUUGAGUUCCACAACCAUGAUCUUGGAGAGAACCACCAUCUUCGAGUCUCCUUCUCCAAGUCUACCAUUUGAAUGCCCUUCCCUCCCUCCCUCCUUCCAAGUCUGUGACCAUCUGAAAGUUUAAGGUUGCCUUCAGUGCAGAUGGUCACUAUUAUGUAUUUUUGAUUAUUUCCAGAAUGUUGCCUCUUUCACCCCACCCUAGUCAUUCCUUUAUCAAUAGGUUUGGUUCUUAAGUUUUAUCACUUUGGAAUAUAAUGCCCCCCCUCCCUCCCUUUACUGUGUUGUUCGAGCAUAUGUGGUUAUAUCUUCCAUAUAAGGAAAGACCAAAAUGUUGAAGCAAAAUAUUUUUUGUGUGUAUUUUUAGGUUGCCAUGAAGAGCAGAUGGUAAUUUUAUUUAAGUGCUUUGCAAAUACUGGGCAACACGCACUUCAUUUUUAUAGCUUGCUGAAUAGGUGUUUCUGCAAAGAUGCCUUCAAAUUUGUUCUGUGACCAUUAGGCUAGUGUUCAGGGUAUCGGGCAACAUUCUGGACUAAAGUGUUUUAUUCUGAAAGAGCGUGGACAGCUGAUGAGACUGUCCUGUUUAAAAACGGACAACAACAAAAAAAAAAGACUCCACUGUCACGGAUGUUAACGUGUGGAUGAAUCCUAUCCCACCACACACACUUGAGCAUUCCUUCUUUUCUUUUUUUUUCCCCUGUAAUAUUUGUGUGGAUAUGUACCUUAAGUUCCACUUUGAACCUGUUUGGCCAGUCAGAAACAGUUUGAGGAUUUGAUUCUGGGUCACAGACCACCAAACAAUGUAUCCCAGUGUCCAUUUUUAUCAACCCACCUAUUUACUUUUGGGGAUCCAUACCACUAUCUGAAUUAAUUCAGCGAUUGCUUUUCUUUCAACGUCUUUACGGACAGUGGCGUGCCUUACUUUACCCUGAUCAGAUUGCCUUAAGCUCUGCUCUGGCUUCAUUUGGAGAAAACGUGGCACUCGAUCCCUUUUCCUCAUGCCCUUUGAUAUGUACCAGCAUUGUUUAAAAAAAAAAAAAAAAAAAGUGUAGGAGAAGUGGCUCAUUCCAUCUUCUAUUUUGUCUUAACUAGAUUUUUUUCCCUAAUGGAGUUUUUUGUUUCUGUUUUGCUUAUAGUCCUCAUAUGUAUGUAGAAACUUUGAAUGUAAGUUGGAUAGAUGCCUAAUAUCUGUGAUGUUGCUCUACUAGGAUUCUUGUGGCAGGAGUAGAGCUGUGUCCAACCUUUCUCUUACACAGUCCUCAUUUAGUCCUCCUGUAGGAGCAGUGGUCUGUGGGGCCUCAUUUAAUCAGAAUAUUUUGGUUUAUAUGUGGACAAUUAUAUACUCAUUUAUCUUUUAAUGUACAUUUACAUGUAUAUCACUUCUGAAUUCACUGAUGCCUGUUUGUAGUGGCUGGGUUUGAAAAUUAUCACAGUGCCUUGCCUCCUUGAAUGUUUUAUCUGAGGCUGAAACACUUUGUGGUCUGGUUAGUUGUUUACCUUUCAUUCAGGUGCGUUCUCUUGCCUUGAUUCUCUUUUUGUUUAGCUAAUCCUACCUGUGAGAGGGCAGCUUGGAGGCAUUUGUCAGAUGACACACUGACCGGCCUGUCUGUUUUUUUUUGUUUUUUUUUUUCCCUUUGUAUACGUAGGAUCAGAUGGCACUGAACCCAUUCCCUCAGUGUCUUCUAGUACCACAAUCGGGUUCUUUCGUGCACUUUUCCUCCGACAGGUCCAAUUUCACUUUGUCACAUAAGUCUUAAAAGCGUCACAUUCCUGAGUGCGUCAAGCACCAGUUUCCACAGCCUCGACACCUUUGUCUUGGACCAGAAACGGUCUAUUUUUAUAAUUUGAUUUUUUUGUUUUUUGUUUUGGUUUUUUUUUUUGGUUUAUUAUGCAUGGUUUAGCAAAGCUUCAUGUAGCUACUGACGGUUAUUGCUGUUAAGGACCAAAGUAUCUUCUACCCCUGUUGUUGUUUAGUGUUUGCUCAUCCAACCCCAACCCCCCCCCCCCCCCCCCCCCCCCCCCACCCCGUGCUCUUCCACAUCUAUACAAUGCUUCAGAUGCCUCUUCCCUUUUUUCAACACCUUUGACAAGUCACAUGAAGUUGAUUUUUUUUUGGGGGGGGGGGGGGGGGUUAACCAACCUAUACUGUAUAUUGUGUGCCUUUAAUUGACUUUACAGAGAACUCGCUUUGGCAGAGAGUACUCUAGAAAGGAUAUGUAAUUGAACCACAGUCCAAGCUGUGAUGUUGAAGGUGUAGCAGAUGACAUGUUUGUUUUUUGCUUUUAUUUUUCUCUCCUUUUUUAUAUGGGGGUGGGGCUAUUGUAUGAUGCAGCGUUGACGGUUGUAUAUACUCAUGCUUUUGUACCACAAAAUCAUUUGGAUUAUAUCCACUUUACAUUUAAAAACGUGUAUAUUUUGGUAAAACACAAUCCUAUGAGGCUCUCCUGAGCUGUAAAAACAUGUUUUUGUAACACAAAGACAUUAAAUCUAUCUGAACACAGAAUUGUCUCUGUAUGUGACCGCCCCCCCAAAAAAGUGCAGUCAUUGUGUUGUCUCUUGCAUCUUCUGCUGCCUUUAAUAAAUCUUUAGUUUGUUCUAUCUUUCA